UGGGAAAGGUGAGUCAGUCCAGUGGGGGCAGGGCUCUUGGAAUCAGGAUCCACAGCUCCAGUUGCAGGCGCCUCACCCCCCAUGUUACCCGGAGAAAAACUGGACCCGCUUCCUGACACCUUCAUUCUGCAGCCGCCAGUCUUCCACCCGGUGGUUCCUUAUGUCACAACAAUUUUUGGUGGCCUGCGUGCAGGCAAGAUGGUCAUGCUACAGGGAGUGGUCCCUCUAAAGGCACGCAGGUUCCAGGUGGACUUCCAGUGUGGCUGCAGCCUGCAUCCCCGGCCAGAUAUCGCCAUCCACUUCAACCCUCGCUUCCACACCACGAAGCCUCACGUCAUCUGCAACACCCUGCACAAUGGGCUCUGGCAAGCUGAGGCCCGGUGGCCCCACCUGGCCCUGCAGAAAGGAGCCAGCUUCCUCAUCCUCUUUCUCUUUGGGAAUGAGGAAAUGAAGGUGAGCGUGAACGGACAGCACUUUCUCCACUACCGCUACCGGCUCCCGCUGUCUCGAGUGGACACCCUGGGCAUAUUUGGUGACAUCUUGGUGAAGGCGGUUGGAUUCCUGAACAUCAAUCCAUUUUCGGAGGGCGGCAGCGAGUAUCCAGUCGGAUAUCCUUUCCUGCUGAAGAGCCCCAGACUGGAGGUGCCCUGCUUACGUCCCCUUCCCCGGGGUCUCUGGCCCGGACAGGUCAUCGUGCUGCGGGGACUGGUCUUGCCAGAGCCCAAGGAUUUCACGCUCAGCCUGCUGGACGAGGCUGCCCAUGUUCCUGUGACGCUCAGGGCUUCCUUCACAGACAGAACUCUGGCGUGGGUCUCGCCCUGGGGACGAAAGAAGCUGAUCUUGGCCCCUUUCCUUUUUUACCCCCAGCGAUUCUUUGAGGUGCUGCUCCUGUGCCAGGAGGGAGGGCUGAAGCUGGCACUCAAUGGGCAGGGCCUGGGGGCCACCAGUCUGGGUCAGCAGGUCCUGGAGCGGCUGCGGGAGCUCCGGGUCAGUGGCAGCGUCCAGCUGUACUGCGUCCACUACUGAUGAGGGAGCCAGAGGAGAGGAGGGCCCGCCCACACCCAGGGCCCCACCCUCUGGCCCUGAUCUGUCUUCAUCAGAGUGUCCGCCUGUCAGCAACGGGUUGGGCCUGGCUCGCUUCUGGGGCCAUGGGCUGAGUCUGCAGGGGCGUCGGGCCCCACAGUAGAGGGAAGGCACAGGGUGUGAAGUUUCCCCCAGCUGCGCAGCCCCCCCCCAUCCCCACCCCCACACACAACGGGAGCCUGGGGCUGGGCUCCGCCUGCCUUCAGGGCCCACACAAGGAGGCAGAUCUUGUAGCUUAACAAAGACAGUCAGAAUUCAGGGGCUUGAAGAAUUUAGACAUUUAUUUCGUUCUCAUCUAACAGUUCUGGAGAAAAUGGUCCUAUUCAGGGGAGCAGCUCUGUGCCCCGUGAACCUUCAGGGUCGUCCUUGUCAUCAUUCCACCCCCAUCCCCCCCAAGACAGUGACAUCUGCUUUCCAUCACUUUCCCACACGUUUCAUUUUUGUAAGAACCCGGUGAGGCAGACGGGAUAGAGGACGAAGUGUGGUAGACUGGCAUUUGUCGGCACUGUGGUUGUCAGAUGUCACAGCUGGUCCAUGGGGUGACAGAGCCAGGACCGGCUCUUGUCUCCUGGGCCGUGCACAGCGCUAUCCCAGGAAGAGAAAAACGGACCUGGGUUCAACUCCUGACACCUCCACGAGCUUAGAUUUCAUGGGUUUGGGCAAAUUCAGUGUGCUCAUACAGAAACGUGUGAAAACUGACAUCAACUUAGCAGGGUGGUUGUGGAACUUAUGAGUCGAAAUUGCUUAAAAUGCCUUGUACUGAGUUGGAACGCAAUAAA